AAUUUCCUUAAAAAUAUAAUUUAUUCUUUAAGAUUGCAGGAAAUACAAAAUUUACAGAUUUAAAUUUACUGAGUAACUUUACGAAAAUAUAGUGUACACUGUACAUUUUGUUUUAGAAUGUAUUUUAAAAGAACCGUUAUAAUCCUUUCAAGUUCAGUCUUGACUUACUUGCCGUUCAAGAAAGUUUGGACUACAAGAAUAAAUUCAAGUUCAAUAAUACAAUACCCAGUAAUACAUUUUUGAUAUUCUUUGCAAUUAUAAAUUAAGAAAGAAAAAAUUGGUUUUUAAAUUGUUAGAACGAAUUCCAUUUUUUCAUCAUUUAUAUUGUCACAUAUUCCUGUUCGUUAUAUAAAGUUUAAUAUGAAAAUACUCAUUUUCUUUACAAUUUUUAUAAUAAAAAAGCUGACAGUAGCCAGGAUAAAUAACAUUCCGGCAUUCGCUACGCCAAAUCUUUCAGAUUCAUAUUUGCCAGCGACAAUGCAGGUACUAUUGCAUGCCGUUGAGCAGUUAAAACAAUUACAUUUGGAUGGCAGUGAGUACAAUACUAAUAUCUUAAUUUCAUCGAGUCCUCAUCCUCCCGGAUUGACAACAUGGCAAAUUGUCAGUAAAAUUGGGAAUGAUAUGGAGUUGACGACUUCUUCCUAUAAUGUAUCUUCUCAUAAACAAAUGAAAAAUGAUAUGAUUAAAAUAACACCGAAUUAUAAAGAAAAUACAUCUUCAUUAUUAGAUAAAUUAAAUAAUAACAAGACUAUUAAUAUAAAUGAACUAAUGGAAUCUAAAAGCAAUAAAAAUAAAGAAAUCUAUGGAAUAGUUAAACCUUCAAAAGAGCGUGUAACUGAAUUUACUGAUGAAUUUGAAAAUCUUGAUGAACAUAAAAGUGAUGAAAUAAGAAUUGACCUCUCUGGAAAAAGAAGUGCAUCUUUACAGCAGUUGGCGUCUCUCUACGAUGCAUUGAAUAAAGAUGCUAGAGGACAAGGAUUUGUCAUUUACACAGGAUUCUCAGAUGAAGUAAUUAAAACUUUAUCAAGUUCUAUUAAAGCUGGUAUUGGAUUUCAGCUGAAGAAAAUUUUGGAAAAAUCUCUUGAACGUGGUGAACUUACCAGAGAUAAUUCAAAAAUUCAGGCACAAAAAACAAUAAAUGACCUUAAAGAUACAAAAAGCUAUCUUAGUACAGAUCUUAGAAGACUUCUUCCAUUAAGAUAUGUGCAAUAAACUUUUAUAUUAUUUUGUCGUGUAUUUCAUUUUUCUGAAAGUAUCACUUCUAAAGUUGAAUUAAAAAGUAUUGAAAUAUUUUUGUGUAGUAUUAAAAAAUACUACAAUAAAGCAAUUAUGUAUGAAUAAAUUUUGUUAUUUUGUUAGCAUCAUCA